UUCUUUUCUUGAAUUUCAGACGACUGUCAGGGGUUUUUAAAACAAGAUGCCACUUUGCCGUCGGGUGUAUACAAUAUAACUUUGGACACUGGAGAGAAUGUAUCCGUAUACUGUGACAUGGAAACGAGCGGUGGUGGUUGGACGGUUUUCCAGAGGCGGUGGUAUGGCAAUAACGAAAAUUUUAACAGGAGUUUUGCGGAAUACGAGAAUUGGUUCGGUUCUCUUGAUGGUGAAUUUUGGUUAGGACUAAAAAAAAUACACGAGAUGACAAGAAAGGAAAAUGUGACGUUACGUGUAGAUGUACAAAGCAUGGAUGGAACGAUUGGGUACGAUGUUUACUCUGAUUUCUUCAUCUCAUCUCCAGAUCGCUACGAGUUCCACGUCUCUGAGAGAAUCGACUCGUUAAACAUGCGAAAAAGUUAUACCCUAUCACAGACGGCCUCAGACAACCGACCGUUCUCGACCUAUGACAGGGACAUGGACAACCUGGAGAAGGAAAACUGUGCCCAAGAACGAGGAGGUGGUUGGUGGUAUCAUGAUACAUGUUCGGAUAUGUCUAACCUACAUACAUGGCAACACCCUUGCUAUGCGUCGAUUUAUGGGUUUUUUGUAUUGAAGACAUCUCAAAUGAUGUUAAGAAGGGAUUUCUUGCUGUGAAAUGUUCUUAUCUAUUCCAACUUUACGUUUAUUUGGUGUUUAACGUAUGUGUGCAAAUGUAGAUAUUAUAAUUAAUUUUCUUUCUAAAUUUAGAAUAUGCACUAUAUAGUUUAACUUUGACAUCUAAAAUUUGUUCAAAUGAUCACAAACUAUGCUUUUUUAGUUAUUUUAAUAAUGAUCAAUAGCGCUAACGAUAAAACUGUAUCACAAAAUUUAGUUGAUUUUGAUAUUGUGUGUAUAGUGUAAAUGUUAUAAACUAUAUCAUUUUAGUUGCUUAAUAUAUGUACAUGUUACAUUGGUAGUAUAAUAGUAUUGUAUAUAAGCUUAUAAAUUUCUUAUUGCAUCUAGUGGACAUACCUUCGGAUUCAUUUUCCUAAAUUCGACUCUUUGUGGGAUAGGACGCCAUUUGGAGGCUUACCAAGGGAAUGAAAUGAUGAAUGAAAUGAUUCGGGUUAUGUUCUGUGACCCGAUGCCGAAAUAACUAGCUAUUAUUCAUGUUUUAAAACUAAUAUCAUAUCUAUAAAUGCUAAAUAUAAUAUUU